UUGUGUACAAUUGGGUGUAUCGUUGUUCAUUGUUGCGUAUUUCGGUCGAGACUCCGGUUCGCCACUAAUGUUUCGUUUAUGCCGGUUUUAACAGAUUUUCGCGGCAUUGGAUAGCGGUGAAUAGCGGUGAAUAGCGGUGUAUGUACGUAUCGAUAGCGCAAGUGCAUUGUAGUAUAUGCGGAAGUACGUAGGACAGCGUGGGUAGAUUCAGAACUCACGCGCGUUGACGUAGUUGAUGUGCAUGUUAUAAUAGCCGAGGCAAUGCACGAGUCAAACCGUCAAACGCCAAGUCACAUCGAUUCCGAUUGAGAACCAGGCACGACUCACGACGAGAUUUUCUUUUCAUAGAGAUAUGCAGAAAAUGGGCAAAUUGAAUUCGUCGAUCGAUAUUAUUCCCCUGCAAGGAUCGAGUGGAGAAGGAUGGAAUAGAGCGAAGCACAUGGAUAACAAAUAUAGGAUGGAUCAAAGACAAUUCCGAGAUAACUCUUUGAUCGGUCGCGUGCAAAUGUAUAUGCAUGAAAAUGAAACUAAGGUUUAUAUCAAUGUUGAUGAAAUGGCAGACGCAUUGCAAAGACGAUAUAGAGAUUAUCGUGGUAAAAAACGUGGUGCGUUUCGCGCAAUGGUACGGAAAGCAUAUGACGAGCUUACCGAAAUGUUUUCGAAGAAAUCUUCAACACGUGAACGGGUGACAUACGAUGAUGAUGAUGAUGAGUUUGAAGAUGUUGAUGUCGAAUCAGAUCCACAACGUGCUUCGAUGGGCGAUAUGUUAUUACAAAUGUAUAAAAAACCACAAAACAAACAAAAUGGAAAUUCGAGUGAUAAAGAAUUGAUCGACAUUAGCAGUGAUGAUGACGUUGCUAAAGUUGACUCUAAGACUGAACAAGAUGCAAAGACAUCUGAAUCUAGAUGUACAGCAACUGAAGAAUCUUUACAAGCAUCUUCAACAAUCGCUUCCAAAUCAGAAGCAACUAGCACUAGGCAAGAAACAAUUACCGAAAAGCCAGAAACAGCACAGCUAGAAUCGUCUACUCUACAAUCAGAAAUACCCACAAAGCCAAAAAUACCUGUAAAAGAGACAAAACAGUCAUCAGUAGAACUUCCAAGAAAACGACAAAGAGAGAAAGAAAAUGGCAAUGGACAAUUUUCAAUCGCAAAAAGAGCGAAAAUCAUACCUAUCACAGAAUCGAAAGUUACAUUUUCUAAUAUAGGAGGUAAUGACAAAGUUUUCAAAACUGUUUGCAAAUUAUUAGCUCACAUGAAACAUCCUGAAAUCUUUAAACGGCUCGGUAUAUCUCCACCAAGAGGAUUUCUACUUCAUGGACCACCUGGAUGUGGGAAAACAUUACUGGCAUAUGCAGUUGCGGGAGAGUUGGAUAUGCCUUUAUUAAAAGUAGCAGGACCUGAACUUGUGGCUGGAGUAUCCGGUGAAAGUGAAGCUCGUAUCAGGGAAUUAUUUGAGCAAGCUUUAGCUCUUGCACCAUGUGUUGUUUUUUUAGAUGAGAUAGAUGCUGUUGCGCCACAUAGAGCUACAGCUCAGAGAGAAAUGGAAAGAAGGAUCGUUGCGCAAUUAUUGUCGAGUUUAGAUGAAUUGAAUCUUAAUGAGAAUGGAGACAGAGUACUGGUGAUUGGUGCGACAAAUCGACCAGAUUCAUUAGAUCCUGCGUUAAGGAGAGCGGGACGUUUUGAUCGUGAAGUGUGCCUUGGAAUACCAGAUAGAGAGGCCAGAGCUAGGAUUUUGGCAGUACAUACUGAAACAGUUGUAUUAGCUCCUAAUGUUAGUUUAUCAACAAUAGCUUCUCUUACCCCAGGUUUUGUAGGUGCAGAUUUAGUUGCUUUAAUUAGAGAAGCUGCCAUGGUUGCUGUAGACAGAGUAUUUGAGGAUCUGAAUAGAUCAAAACAGAACAAAAAAUCAGCCGAAACAAUCCAAGACGAGAAACAACCGGAUAAGGAAGCAGAAAUCUCAGCCGAAAACUCAGUAUGUAAUGUAAUCGAUACUAAUGUUGCGGCAGAAGCCUCUACUACGAUUGAGAAUGAUGCAUUCUCAAGAGAGUCGCCUAAAAGUCCAACUCCGGAAAUUGUCGCCAUGGACAUAAUACAGGAACAUUCAGCAGAUUUAUCAACUAUGUUGGCUUGGUUACGCACCGAACCUCCACUUUCUCCGGAAAGUCUAUCGACUUUAUAUAUCGAACACAGUGAUUUCGAAGCCGCUCUACGUGUUGUUCAACCUUCAGCAAAAAGAGAAGGUUUCGUUACAGUUCCCGAUGUAACAUGGGAUGAUGUCGGUUCUCUGCGAAAUAUACGACAGGAAUUGCAGAUGGCAAUUCUCGCUCCUGUCAAGCACUCUGAGCACUUUAAUACAUUAGGUUUAACAGCUGUUAGUGGAGUAUUGUUAUGUGGUCCACCUGGAUGUGGAAAAACAUUACUAGCUAAAGCCAUAGCAAAUGAAGCUGGAAUUAACUUUAUUUCUGUUAAAGGACCAGAACUCUUAAAUAUGUACGUUGGUGAAAGUGAAAAAGCAGUUCGUCAGUGCUUCUUAAGAGCGAGAAAUUCAGUACCGUGUGUCAUAUUUUUCGAUGAAAUAGAUGCGUUGUGUCCGAAGAGAACGGAAGGCGACAAUUCUGCGACAGCACGUGUUGUUAAUCAAAUGCUUACAGAAAUGGACGGUGUGGAAGAUCGACAAGGUGUAUUCCUUAUGGCAGCUAGUAAUCGUCCUGACAUUAUAGAUCCGGCUAUUUUGAGGCCAGGAAGAUUAGAUAAAAUUUUAUAUGUUGGUCUUCCGAAUGCUUCAGACAGAGUGGAUAUUUUACGUGCAGUAACAAAGAAUGCGACAAAACCAAAACUUGCUUCUGAUGUUGAUUUGAAUGAAUUGGCAUACAAUGACAAAUGUGAAGGUUAUACUGGUGCAGAUUUAGCAGCUUUGAUAAGAGAAGCUGGUAUGGGAGCAUUGAAGGAAAUAAUAGCUGGUUAUGGGCAACCUGAAAUUUCAAAACGACAUAUUUUUCAGGCAUUUGAUAAAGUGCAACCGUCUGUUCGCGAAAAGGAUAUUAAACAUUAUGAAAAGUUGAGUAAGUUAUAUUCAGCUAGAGAAAGUUCUAAACUUACGCCAAUGGAUACACCAGUAGAUGCACCAAUUGUUGAUGUAGUUAUGGAGUCAAUGGAAACAUAAAGUACAAUUAUUAAAAAUCUGUAAGAAUCGAUGAAAAACUCUUCCAAUAUCAAUAUCAAAAUUUAAAACUUUUACACAGAAAAGACGAAAGGUACUUCCUAAACACUACGAUUUAAUUUGCAUAUUUUUGUUUCAUAAAUGAACAUAGUUUUAAUAUUGGAUAAUAUUUUAAGAUAUAUAAUUAAUAUACAGACAAAGUAUUGAGAUGCAUAUAUUAAGAAUCCUUCAUAAAAUUUUCAUCAGUUAAUAAAAAUUUAAUAAUUUUAGCAA